ACCUGUCCUAUGGGUGGUAGUGGACCACAUACCCAACAUACAGAUGAUGCAAGCACGUUUCCGUAAGGUUUUGGCCAUAAUGACGGACAAAAUUGAUUGUCCAGAGGAGGGCAGUGUUAUGUGCUCAUCUCGAGCCUGUGUCCACUCAGACUUUGGUCAACGAGGUAUUAUAUCAAAACUUACAGAGAAGAGUGUCAUCAUUGCCACCAAGCAGGGAUUCAAAAUGACUUCUGUAAUAAUGACCAACCCACGCGUGGAGAAAAUGUUUCUUUGUUUAGGUUACAAGGUCCACACCACAUUUGACUUCUGCACCCUGGAAGAAGGUCUGCUCGACCUGUCCCGCAUGGAUCACAAGCAGUUCAAAAUAAUGACUAAAUACCUGUCACCAAAAUCACAGUUAUAAUCAGGAAACCACAAGCAAUGAGAGCUUUUUCUAAGACUUUUACUUAAUUUUUUGUAAUGUUUACAUUACAUGUCAGUCAAAUUUUGUUUGAAUACAACUCUAAACACACAUUAGAACACACACAUAAACACAUAUUCAUGUAAUAUACAUAUACAUACAAGCAAGCACAUACACACAUAGGAAGAAAUGGCUAAACUUUCCAUCACCUGAUGCACUAGUUCACUAAGCAGUAAGUAGGUCCCUUUAAGUUAGACAGCUGCAAUAGACUGCAUCCUAGGAAUGUGUGUGUGGGUUUGUACUCCCCUAGUUGUGCUUGGGGGUUAAACUUUGGCUCUUUCGAGUAGUGUAAAAGGAGACAUAUGUUGGGAAAUCUACCAGUGAUUGUUUUGAUUAUUAAUUCAAUAGAUUGUAUUUAAUUAUAUUUAUUACUUGUGAAUGGACUGCGUUUUUAUGAUUUUUGUAUCACCGGUAAAAUUACCUUCAUAUAUUUUUGGGAGGGGUUUUUAAUUCAAUUUAUCACACCCUAAUGAAACAGUUGAUAUAAAUUAUCUGCUAAACUGUAAUUAAAUAGUUAGUAGUAUUUCUGCAACUGUGUUAGUUAUAAUUUAAACUGUCUCAGGUGGUCAUCCAACAUCAGAUUCCCUUGGGCACAUGUACUCCGUACUGGACAGGUAUUAAUGGCGUCUGGGUGGUCUUGGGAUGUACCAGCUCAAUGUUGUUUUAUGCGUGUUGACAAAUUACCUGUAGAGAUGUUACAUAGUAACAUAUGUAUAACUAAAGAUAAAAUUCAUUUAUAAAUAUUAAACCAUCACGAUUAACAUAUUAGUUAAUCAUGAUGGUUUACUCAUGCUGGAUGUGUUUCCCUGCUGCUUGAUGAUAAAUUCCUACACUAAUAAAUGGUCCAAAAAUAUAUGUAAUAAAAUAAAUCGAAAGUUGUACUUUCCAUGGGUUUCAAGUUUUGGCAACAAUUAGUGAUUAAUGUGAGUCACUCUACAUUCUGGACUUGCUGGAGUAAUUUUCUGUGUUGAGGGAGGCACGCUCUGUUACAGCUCAAGUUUCACCAACAAAAACUAAGAUGGCUUUUCCCUCCUCCCUACUCACUCUGGAUGUGUCCAUGAACAGUUUAUUUUUUAUUUUGGAGAAUUGGUUUAUUUAGCAUAUUUUAUUACUUAUUAUUAUGGAAUGUAUGAUUAAAUGAGAUAGUUUGUUAAUUGUGUUACCAGUUCUGAGACUGGAGAAUUUUACAAUAAAUUAGCUAGAAACUU